AUGGAGCAGAUUGAGACACAGGCGUCGGAUUUGCGCUACCUGGCACAAGCUCCUGUCGCUUUGAGCGAUACGGCCAGCGUAUCAUACGAUACACCACGGCCUGGGCCGCACGCCAGUCCCUCUGGUUCCGCUUCAUACGGAGACAAUUCCGCUGCUGUUGCUGCUGUGUCCGCAUCGAAUGCCAAUAAGAGAAAGUCGAUUGAUGAUGGAUCUGCCGCCCAGAAACAGACGAGGAGUAAAAGGAAUCGUUAUAUUUCCAUUGCAUGUAACGAGUGCAAGAGAAGAAAAAUCAAGUGCAAUGGAGAGACACCUUGUCAACGAUGUGGCAAUCUCAACCUGGCGUGCUUAUACGCCCCGAACUGCUGCUCGAAUAGCUUCAAGGACUCAGAUGAGUUCAAAAGCGUUACGAACCAGCUCAAUCGGUUGCAGGAAGAAGUGAACUGGCUGAACCAGACCCUCAAGACGUUACAGGCCGACCAAAAUCGUCUUGCGGCGCCGUCAACAGAUCGCAUACUAAAUGGUGCGUCGAAUUCGGCGCUCACACAGUCUCCGGCACAGAGUUCAACAUCGAUACCCAGACCAGACCUGUCGCACGUCAAAGCAGGUGCAUUCCGUGGCCCUACCAGCAUGGCCUAUAGUUUGGACGUCGCAAACACUACCAUCGCCAACAUGGGAUAUCGGGGUAUCGAUGAGACCGACGACCAAGAUCAACAAGGAAGCGACGUUGUCGUGCAACUGAGUCCUAACAACACCGGUUUUGAUCCCUUAUUGGAAUUCGAUAAAGACGAGAUGGUUCGGCUAUGUCGAUUCCACGAAGAUGAGAUUGGUAUAAUGUACCCAGUUCUCAACAUCCAAACUGUCAUAGCCCAUGCGAAGAAUAUUGCCCCGUUUUUGGACUCUCUGCGUAGCCAGCAGAGUUCCACAGGGCCCAUAAACGAUGAGAAGACGUUGCAGCUUAAAAUGGUUAUCUGCUGUGCCCUUGUCACAGAGUCCCAUGGUCAUAGCGACAAGGCUGCCCGACUCUUUGAGAGUAUGGAGGCGGUGGUCAACAAAAAGCUUAUGUCUGAUGCCAGCGAUGUGGCCAACUUGCCACUUUUGUGUCUACUCGCUGGUUAUAGGUUUCUCUCUUGUGACGAGGUUCUGGCGUGGAGGGUAAUUGGUCAGGUUGUCAGACUGUGCCUUGAGGCAGGCAUCCAUCAAAGGAGAGGUUUGAUGAAGAUCCAGGAUGACACGGAGAGGCGGAAUGCUCUCAACAGCUUCUGGUCUGCCUAUGUCCUUGAUAGAAGGUGGGCAUUUGGUACCGGACUCCCUUACUCUGUUCAAGAUGACGAGAUUGACCCAAGGUUACCGCAUCCCGACGAGUAUCCUUUCCUUGUCGCCAUGAUUACAUACUCUCGGCUUGGCGCAAAGGUGUGGCGCCAAGUGUCACAUUUUGGACCAGUAUUGGCCCGCGAGCUUCGUCAAGAAGAGAUUGAUAGUCUCGAUCAGGAGAUACUCCAGUGGUACGAAACGGUACCCGACGAAGUCAAGGUGCGAAAUUGGGAUAAGGAGAAGCAGAUGACGUCGACGCCAUCCUACAAUCUGCAACGUCUAAGAAUUUGGACAUACUUGAGACUCAAUCAGAUUCGUAUCUGGCUCUAUACCCCCAUUUUGCACAGCGCGACAAGUAUUAUGCAACAUCCCGGCCAAGCACAACGUGUUGUCGACCUUGCGAAGGACACCAUCCAGUAUUUGAACCAUUUGAACAGCACCACCAACCUGUAUCGACGAUCCCAAGUUUUCUACCACCAGUUCCUUGCGUCGGCCAUAGCGGUAGUCUUUCUAGCUUCAGUACAUGCGCCAGUUCGAUUCAGCGCUGUUUGUAGAGAAGAAUUCUACCUUGCUCUUGACUUGGUCAAGGACCUCUCGGCAAAGAGCUGGGUUUCCAAGCGGUUAUGGCGCACAAUCAGGUCUCUCAAGGAUGUAGCGCCACGAUUCGGCCUGAAUCCCGACGAUGACGCCCAUUCGAAUGCUGCACUUGGAAUGAUUGGGCUUGCCAGGGGUCACAUGGACGGCCCAUCCGUUUCCCAGUCUCCGUUCCCCAAUUUAGCCAUCCCCCAAAGUCAUCAGCCCCUGGAGCAGUCAACGGACCAAAAUGGUAAAAAGAUCCAAAGCGAACUAUCUCGGAUAUUCGAGGGCUAUGUUGGUCUAAAUGGGUUCCAAUUUGGGGAUGACCAAGUUCCGCAACACAACGAUCUCACAACACCAGACUCUGCGGGAAGCAUGUUUACCCCUGAUGGAACUGUAUUCCCACAUCUGAGAGAGAUGUUUUAG